AGCACACUUGACCUUGGAUUAAUUUUUACGAUUUGCAGCAAAUUUGUGCGUUAAAUUAAGCGGUAUUUAGCCUGUUUACUUCAAAUAUUUUAUCUUUUUAUGAAAUAUCGAAUACCACAAAAAAAAAGGUAUUGGUCGCGUGUUUGAAAUAUACAGGGGACUUUUCAAAGGAUUCACGGAGAGGUUGCAUAGUUAAUAUAGUUUUUAUUUUCAAGUCUUUAUUUAUUUAUUACUGUUUUCUUGGAAUUUAUUAUGCCACCUAACGCCGAUAAAGUUUUAAAAGCAAAAGCUUUGCGGCAAACGGCCAUAAGUCAGCUUUCUUUAAUUAUAGAAGCUGCCCAAGCAGCAAAAAAUGAUGUGGCAGAGUUAAAUUCCUUUAAAGUUAGAUAUAGAUCUUUGCCCAAAAUUAAAAAGGAUUAUGAAAAACACAACAAUGCUCUUUUAGCCUUACAUGCUUCUACUCCUGAUCAAUUAUUACUCGAAGAAAAGGUUUCUCUUGAUUUUAUGAAAAGAUGUCAUGAAAUAGACACCAUUUUUUAUGAACUGUUUGAAUUGCCUUUGGAACAAAAUGGUAUUUUAGAUACAUCCCUUCAUCCUAUAUUCACUGCGCACGAUCACUACACUCAUCAUGAUUACGAUAAUUUACCUAAAUUGGCUAUUCCUAUGUUUGAUGGCGACAUUACUACUUUUCCUACUUUUCAACAAAGUUUCAAUGUUAUGGUUCACUCUAAAAAGCAAUUAAGUAACAUUUCCAAAUUUAAUUACCUGCUUGGCGCAUUGAAGGGUCCUCCACGGGAGUUGAUAGCAGAUAUUUUAAUUACAAAUGAAAAUUAUCCAAUAGCCUAUAAUACUAUUAUCGAAAGAUAUAGUAAUAGAAGAUUACAAGCAUUUACUCAUUGGAAGUUAAUCGAGGAAUGUCCCCGAAUGACAUCUGAUAACGCUGUGAGCUUAAGAAUUAUCUUAGACACUUUUGCUAAAAAUCUUGCUGUUCUUAAUAACUUAAAAUUUGAAACAGGUCUUUGGGAUUUUCCGAUUACUUAUUCUUUACUUUCCAAAAUUCACCCUGCCACGCGCAAAGCAUUUGAACAGCAACACGCAUCAAAUGAUGUACCCAAAUACGAUGCUGUACGAUUGUUUUUACAAAAACAAUGUCUUGCUCUUGAAACCAUAGAACUGGAAAUGUCUCAAAACUCAAAGCCCUCUACAUCUAAGCAACAUUUCUCAUUUACUAAUCCUCGUAUUUUGCAUAAUUCGAAUAAUAGACACAAACAUAACUCUAUUUUAUUUUCGAAUACCCAAAAACCUAAUUUACUAAAUACUUGUUUCUUAUGCAAGGGUUCCCACGUGGUGUACAGAUGUCCCACAUUUCUCUCAAAAACUGUAAAAGAACGUUUUGAUAUAGUAAAAGCACAAAAGGCUUGUACUAAUUGCCUUGCUACUUUUCAUACUGCUAGAUCUUGUUCUUCACAAAAACGAUGCCGUAUAUGUUCCCUUGAACAUCAUACUUUACUUUGUUUUAAAAAAUGUGAACCUACAAAUACUUCUGGAAAUCAAGUUCCUUUGGAUAAUCCUCAAACAUCAGAUAAUUCAUUAACACCUAGAUCUACCACUGCUUGUAUGUUACUUAAUGAUCAUGAGGUUUUAUUAUCUACUGUAUUAAUUAAAAUCAAGGAUGUCUUUAAUAAUUGGCAUACUUGUAGGGCUGUCCUUGACGGAGGUGCUCAAUCAAGCUUCAUUUCCAGAAAUUAUGCGAAUAAAUUACUUUUACCUACCUCUAACAUUUCUAUGUCUUUGCAUGGACUCGAUGGUAUGUACUCAACUGCCAAAAAAGGUGUGAAUUGCAGUGUCUCUUCACUUUACGAUAAUAAUCAAUCCUUUAAUUUUGAAGCUAUUAUUAUUGAUAAAAUUUGCAAUGAUAUGCCGUCAAUCUCAUUUUCAAAAGAACAUUUUACUAUUCCAUCGGAACUAAACUUAGCUGAUCCAUAUUUCUUUAAAAAAUCAUCUAUAGAUCUUUUGCUUGGAAACGAUAUUUUCCCGUACAUUUUGCAAGAUGGAAAAAUAGAAAAUGGGCCUAAUCAACCAGUCUUAUUAAAUACCUGCUUUGGUUGGACUGUAACUGGUAAAACAUCUUAUACAUCUACUGAUAAAAUCGUUCGUACCUUUUGUACUACUAUUUCAAAUUUGGACACUAUAAACAAAACCUUACAAAAAUUUUGGCAGAUUGAGGAAGUACCGGAAGUCAGUGUUAAAUCAAAAGACGAUGAAUAUUGUGAAAAAUAUUUUUUAAAUACCACUUAUCGAACACCUUCGGGUAGAUACGUGGUCUCUUUACCGUUCAAAAUUACUGCUCCAGAUUUUGGAGAUACAUAUACCGUUGCUCUCCGCAGAUUUUUAUCUUUAGAAAAAAGAUUUGCUCAGAAUCCUCAGUUUUUUAUUUCUUAUUCUACAAUUGUACAGGAUUACAUAGAUCAUAAUCACAUGCAACUUGUACAAAAACCUUCUUUACUUAACAUGCAUAAUUACUUUUAUAUCAGUCAUCAUGCUGUCUUUAAAAAUGAUUCAACUUCAACUCCAAUACGCAUUGUCUAUGAUGCAAGUAGUCACGCAAAUCAAAAAAUUUCAUUAAAUCAAGCACUACAUACUGGUCCUAAGCUUCAGAGGGAUCUUGUAAAUAUUUUAUUAAAUUUCAGAUUACAUAAUUAUGUUUUUACUUGCGACUUGAAACAAAUGUUUAGAAAUAUUUUGAUAACUCCUAAAGAUCGUGAUUUUCAAAGGGUACUAUGGCGUUUUUCUCCCAAUGACCCCAUUUCCGAUUACCAAUUAAAUACAGUUACAUUUGGGGUUGUUUGUAGUCCAUUUUUGGCUAUUAGAACCUUAAUAAAACUUGCUGAUGAUUACAAUGAUUUGCCGAUAGCUUCAAAUAUUCUAAAAACGUCGACCUAUGUUGACGACGUAACCGGAGGUUCAAACACACCCUACGAAUUAAUCUCUAUAAAAAAUCAACUUAACGAUCUUUUACUUAGAGGAGGGUUUGAAGCCCGAAAAUGGGCUAGCAAUUGUCCCGAUUUGUUAAAAGAAUUACCUUUAAAUCAUGUGGCUCACGAUAUUUCUUUUGAUAAAGAUGACACAACUAUUUUAAAAAUUUUGGGUUUAAAGUGGGAUCCUAGACAGGAUUGCUUUUACUAUACAUUUUCAGUUGAAAAUAACCACUGUACCAAAAGAAUUUUAUUAAGUACUUGCGCCAGAAUAUUCGAUGUUUGCGGUUUUCUAACCCCUAUUACAAUCUUUAUAAAGCUACUCAUUAAAUCUCUAUGGUUGUCGGGUAUGGACUGGGAUGAAAAACCACCAGCAGAAAUCACUAAUAAAUGGGAAAAAUUUAAAGCAGAUUUAACCCUUUUAAAUACACUAAAAAUUCCUCGUUUGAUAAAAAUAACAGAGUCAAAUUCAUAUGAAUUAAUUGGCUUUUGUGAUGCCUCAGAGAAGGCAUAUUGCGGAGUGGUUUACAUACGAACUUUACACUCUGAUAAUAUAUAUAGAACGUAUUUAGUUUGUGGAAAAUCAAAGGUUAGUCCUUUAAAAACUCUAAGUCUAGCAAGAUUAGAGCUUUUGGGUGCUGUAUUGCUAAGCAAACUCAUGCAUUUUAUUUUACAUACUUAUUCACACAAGUUACAAUUUUCUAACACAUUUGCUUUUACUGAUAGUUCUGUUGUAUUGCAUUGGAUAAAAGGUUCACCACACCAAUGGCAAACUUUUGUAAGCAAUAGAGUUUCAUACGUUCAGGAAAAAUUAUCGCCUGAAGUUUGGCGCCAUGUCCCAUCAGAAUUAAAUCCAGCUGACUGCGGUAGCCGUGGUAUGUUUCUGUCAGAGCUUGCUAAUUUUUCAUUGUGGUGGAAUGGCCCUGAUUUUUUAUUUGAUCAUUGUAACACAUGGAAUUUUUCUAAAAUAGUAAUUCCCAUAGAUUUAAAUUUAGAAAAAAGGAAAAUUAUACUUUCUUCUUUAGUACAAAAAAAUGAUGAACUUACCGAUUUUGACUAUUUAUUUGAUAAGUUUAAUUCCUUACAUAAAAUAAAACGAAUUAUUGCUUACUUUUUGCGUGGUGUCAAAUUAUUUCGUAAUAUUAGAAAUAAAUCUUAUCACCCUCAAUUAAAUCAAUAUUCUUGUUUCACUCUAAAGGAAUUGAACAAUGCUUUGUUGUUUCUUACAAAAUAUGUACAAAAUAAAUACUUUUUUUCUGAGAUUGCGCUAAUAAAAAAUAAACAGCCUCUUCCAAAAUAUUUACAAAAAUUAAAGCCCUUUCUUGAUGAGCAGGGUCUUUUACGAGUAGGUGGCAGGUUAUGUAAUUCUUACUCACUAUGUUAUGAUAGUAAAUUUCCUUUACUACUGCCUUCAAAUGCUAAAUUAACACGUUUGUUGAUUUUUGAUCUACACAUUACAUAUUUACAUUGUGGUAUACAAACCACCCAGCACUUUCUAUUUCAACAUUUUUGGAUCAUUUCUGCCAAGAAAAUUAUACGUGAAGUUAUUCGAAAAUGUCAUACAUGCUGGAAAAUAAAUCCAAAACCAUAUACACCCCCUAUGGGAAAUCUUCCAAGUUUUAGAAUUUCAGAAAUUCCUAAGGCUUUUACAAAUACAGGCUUAGACUUAUGUGGACCUUUUGAUAUUACUAUGGGUCGGCUAAGGGGUGCUAAAAUUUACAAAGCUUAUGUAUGUCUCUUCAUCUGUACAAAUACUAAAUGUUUGCAUCUGGAGUUAUUAUCGGAUCUUACCUCAGAAGCCCUUUUGGCAGGUCUCCGUCGUUUUAUUGCACGACGAGGAAAAGUCUUAAAUUUGUAUUCCGAUUGCGGUACCAAUUUUGUUGGUAGCGAUAAAUAUCUGCGGCAAAUAUUUUCCAAUUGUGCGAAAGCUGAAGCGAUAGCGUGGCAUUUCAACCCUCCAGCUGCUCCUCACAUGGGCGGAAUUUGGGAGGCAAAUAUUAAAUCUGUAAAGUCGCAUCUAAUAAGAAUUGUUGGUACUCAAAGAUUAACGUACGAAGAAUUUAACACUGUACUUGUACAAAUAGAGGGAGUUCUUAAUUCUAGACCACUUUGUCCAAUAAGUUCUGAUCCCUCUGACCUGGCAGUACUUACGCCUGGUCAUUUUUUAACUAUGCAACCUCUUAGUGCUUUACCUGACCCUGAUUUUACGAAUCAUAAUAUAAAUCGACUUUCACGCUGGCAACUCUUACAACGCAUGCAUCGCGAUUUUUGGAAUCGUUGGCACAGAGAAUACCUGCACACUCUGCAACAAAGAGCCAAAUGGUUAGAUCCUAUCGGCGAGGUUGAAAUAGGCACCAUGGUGGUGAUAAAAAAUGAGAAUCUACAUCCAUUACAGUGGCUCCUAGGGCGGAUCGUGGAGUUGUUACCUGGGCGCGAUAAUGUACCGCGGGUUGCUGUAGUGAAAACUACUAAGGGUAAUUUUAAGAGACCAUUGGUCAAAUUGUGCCCUUUACCUUUACAAUAAUUUUUUUUUUUUUUUUUGCUCGAAUGAAAACCCAGUGUUUUCAUGGGCGUGGGGAUGUUUCGUCAUCACAUGUUUGUAGUAAUUAUAAUUAUUAACUUUAAUUUUCUCUUAAUCAAUACUUAGUGAUACUUUAACUUUAAUUUAAUUCUUUACUUGUAUUUAAUAUUUAUGCAUUCAAAAAUACGCGUUUUGCUAAUAACUUAUUUAACUUUACAUAAUUUGCCUUACAUCUUUUCCUUUUCCCACCUUUUGUAUAUUCCUGAACUAUACACAUCUUUCCUUAUAUUGAAUACGAAUGCGAAAAGAGUGGGAGAAAAGGAGAAGGUUGUGCUAAGCUGUGAAUUGAGUAGCAGCAAUUCUGGCAUUGACCGAAAACCGAUUUGAUCGAUAAGUGUCGACAUUAUUUUACGCGCGUAUUUUUCGGUACGUGACCUACCACACCCAUCCCCAAAAUAUCCAGGGUCUGACGAAAGGUAUCAUCAGUGCUUUGCUGCUAGGAAGUACCAAAAGCACAAUAAGUGAAACAACUUCCAUUCUACCAGGUCACUACUCAAGGAGGUACCUCACCUCGAUAAGAUGGGAGUAAGAUCCAGGGAUGCUCAUUGAAUAUUUAAGAAAAAGGACCGAUGAAAUCUAGAAUUAAGGGUAUACAUCAGUGUCAACUAAUUUUUAAUAUCAUACUCUCCAUAAAGAAUAUUUUAAUUACAGGGUUAGUUUUUAUAUAUUACCACGCCCCUAACAUUUUCGGGUACCCUCUGUACAAAAAUGUAGGUAGUAAACAUAAAAUUUUUAGGGCAUAUUUUUGAGAAUUAUAGUUCUUAUGUCUAUAAAUAAUUAAUUUAUAAAUUUGAUAAAUUGUAAUUUUUGUAUCAUAUCCUCAAAAUGUAAAAAGCAAAAUACAUACCAUGGACAGUGUUGUGCUAAAGCAGCACAAAAACAAA